AUGCAGUCCAAAUUAUUUGUUGUCAGCGAAGGCGCUAAGCAAAACGCUUUCAAAGCUUACGGAAAGAUGAUGGAAAAACUAAGUGUUGGAAAAGGCAGCAGCAUUAGGAUAACGUGUGCAACGUUUGAAUACUACAACCAGCAUACAAAUAACAACCGUUGGGUAUGACAGGAAAAAAAUAAGUAAGUAGAACAUUUUAUAUUUAUGUAAUGUUUAAAAUAUUAUAUUAUAAAAAUUUUUGAUUAAUUUUAGAUUGUAUGACCAUGUUAGUGUACUGGCUAUAUGCUUUAACAAACAACAACAAAAUGAUACCCCAUGCUGUACCAUUUUCACUGCCAAUGUGUUCAAAACCCCUGUACGUAUCGUAAUCCAAACAGUUAAUGGCAGAGUUCAAAGACGUGAUUCAAGGAAUGCCAUAAGUUUACAAAUUAUUUUACAAAAAAAUUAAAAAUUUUAGCUGAGGCUAUUGUUCCAAAAUCUUUAGAAGGUCAAAAUACUGCCACUACUUUCACUUUCCCCACGUCUAAAGAGAUGAAAAUUGAAAAUACAAAAAUUUUAUAAACAUUUUUUGUAAAAAAUAUUGUACUUUUCUUUUUAAAUAAUCCGUUUUUAAAUUUAAACUUUUUUCACAGCGUUUCCUUAUUUACUUUACAUUCUUCAAGCUUCUACAAUUAGUUUAACCUUUUCAAUGAUUUUGCAGAUUUUAAGUACAAUAAUUGUUGCACAGUUUCCCGCUAGUACGUAUAUGGUUGUCGUACUGGUUGAUGGCGGUAGAUUUUGGGGUUGGCUUAUGUUUUUGAUGGAUUGGUAUCCCCAGGCCUUGAUUCUAACGUCUUUAGUAGCUAUAAGAGUCAAUUUCGCUAACUUUUUACUUAGAUAGAUUACUCUUUACUUAGAUACACUACUCUUUACUUAGGUACACUAUUUAUUAUCUAGAUUAUACAUCUUAACAUAAUGGCCACGAAGAACUUUGUGGUGCUGCGCGAUGGAGAAGGUGCCAAACACGCUAUCCGUGCGUACAACCGCGUAACGUCCCUCUUCCAAAACCUCAAAGUUGGAUGCGAGGUCCGACUUUAUGGACACGACCAUCUGUACUAA